GUGGGUGUUGAGUUGUACGUUCAGUCGACAUCUCUGCCCCAGAACACGGCGCUGCUGUCUGCUCUACCUCCGAGUGUCACUUGUCCCGUGAGGUUCACCCCCUCCCCCACACACCAUGUCUGCCGUGGUGGAGAACAGUGUCCCGGCGUCUGCUGACCCCACACCCCUACCUACAGUCUCCACCUCAAACACCCCGCCCAGCUCCCCAGCCUCCAAGGCCCCGUUCAAGAAGGAGAAAAAGAAAGUAGCGGAGAAGACGGAUGAGUACCUGCUGGGCAGGUUUCAGGGGGACGGUGUGAGGUACAAGGCCAAACUUAUCGGCAUUGACGACAUUCCAGAAGCCCGUGGAGACAAGAUGUGCCAGGACUCCAUGAUGAAACUGAAGGGUAUGGCAGUAGCUGCUCGGACCCAAGGCAAGCACAAACAAAGAAUCUGGGUCAACAUUUCCAUGUCUGGUUUAAAGAUUAUAGAUGAGAGAUCAGGAGUGAUCGAGCAUGAGCAUGUGGUGAAUAAGAUCUCCUUCAUUGCCAGAGAUGUAACAGACAACAGGGCGUUUGGAUACGUGUGCGGAGCAGAAGGACAGCAUCAGUUCUUUGCCAUUAAGACUGCACAACAGGCUGAGCCCUUGGUCAUUGAUCUGAAAGAUCUUUUCCAAGUCAUCUUCAAUAUGAGGAAAAAAGAGGCGGAGUCUUCACAGAAGGAUGAAAACGGCGCUGCAGUGGUGGAGAAUGGAAAUGCCUCGCAAAGCACAAGUGAAGGAAAAAGUGGUCAGCCGGUGGAGCAGCUCGACCUGUUUGGAGACAUUACAACUCCUCCAGACAUCCACGCUCCAACUGACCGUAAUGAAAUUCUCUUGCUGGACUUCUCUGCUGAAGUUGACAGCAAUCAAAACAUCAUAAAGGAUAACUUCUUUCUAACUUCUUGUGCUCCUGACAUUAAGGUGUCAUCCCACAAAGAAACUUCCUUUUCCUCCACUUUUGGGUAUUUCCCAGCUCCAGACAGUAACCCGUUCAGAGAUGACUCUAUUUCUAAAUCGCCCACUAGUUUUGAACCAGACAUCGCCCACCCCUCCCUCCCUGACACGUUAAGCACUCCUGGCAGCACCAAAAGGACUGGUUUUAAUGGAAACUCUGAACAUCCUAGUCAGCAGAUCACUGGGUUAUCCAGUGAAUCCAUGAUAGUUGCGCUCAGUAAUGGGCAGUGGCCACUAGGUGGCAGUAUAACUCAGGGCACAGCAAUAAGCAUGAUGGACGGAAAUGAAGGUCAUCAAGCUGUCACGACAAAAAACCCUUUUUUUGACUUCUCUGUAAAUGCCUCCCCCAUCUCUAACGACAUAAGUAGUCAUCCAGAACCGACGACUCCUAGCAAGGACUCUGUUGUCAUAAGUCCGCCUCCACAGUCUGGACGGGGUCGAAGGAGUGCAAAGUCUGCAUCCAGUGACCUGUUUGGAGCGGAACUGUUUACCACUCCAACUCCUGAGGGGUCCUCUGCUCCAGCUGAGCUCUUCAACAACACACCUGCAAGCUCUGCUCUCUCCUCCAUAGCUGCUCUGGGAAAUCUUUCGUUGCAUGCACCAGCCACCACCACUGUUCCUGCUUUAGGCAUGUGGGGUGCCCCCAGUGCUGCACCCACCAUGUUCCCCAUGCCGGGUGUGCCCGCUCCGGGCCCCUUCCUACAGCCGCCUGCUUUUGGUGUUCAGAUGCAGCCCCCAGCCUGGGGCCAGCAGAUGCCACCACAGUUUGUUGCUCCUCCUCUGUCUCCACCUCACCUCUCAUGGGGUCAGCCCGCUCCAUCCAAUCCCUUCCAACCUGGCCCAUUCCCAGUCAUGGGAGACCAGCAUGGUCCGUCCCGCCCCCCUCCAAGGCCACCUGUGGAGGCCCCUCCAAAAGUGGAGAAUAGUGCCUUCACAGCUUUGGAUCCUCUCGGAGGAAAGGAGAAGAAAAGUGGAAAGAACAUGUUCAAAGACUUCCAGAUCGCCAAACCUCCUGCUAUCCCAGCAAGGAAAGGAGAGCUGACCCCCAGCUCUGCUCCACCCCCCAGUGACAAAGAGUCGGGGGCGUUUGAUCAGUACUUCUCCAGUAAAGUGGGCGUGGCUCAGGAUGCUGCAGAUCACGAUGACUUCGAUAUCAAUCAGAUGUCAGCACUUGCUGUUAAUGAUGCCCCCACACCUUCUCCAGCACCAGCUGCUACCCCAGCUCCAAGCUUUACACCUGACCUUCUAGAUGCUGUGUUUUCUUCUGCUCCAAAUGCCAUCAGUCCGGCUCCGGCACCAGCGCAGGGGCCAGACAUGUUUGAUCAAGCAUUUGGGGCCCCAGAUUCCAAUCCAUUUGGAGCUCCACCUGUAGCUAAGCAAAGCAGCUCUGCUGCUCAGCCGUUUGGCUCAACAAAUGCUUUUGGAGAUGCUUUUGGAAAUCCAUUUGCUUGACCACAAGAUUUUUCCACAAUGGAAAUGGAGUGAAGAUCUCUACUUAAACACACCUUUGGGACAAGCUGCUCUGUGCACGACAAUCCAGAUGAUGAACUCUUCUUAUUCUUGUCCCUAAACCUUUUUACACCUUUUGGUUUUGAUACUCGUUUGUUGACAAAUGAUCCACAAUGUAAAUGAUGUGAAGAUCUGCCUAAUGAAUGUGCUUUGUGAAAAAUGUUAAGUUCAUUGCUAAUGCUGUCUUUGUUAAAGAAAUAAAUCGGUAAU